AUGGCGCGCACGAAGCAGACGGCGCGUAAGUCGACGGGCGGGAAGGCGCCCCGCAAGCAGCUGGCCACCAAGGCGGCCCGCAAGAGCGCGCCGGCCACGGGCGGCGUGAAGAAGCCGCACCGCUACCGGCCCGGCACGGUGGCGCUGCGCGAGAUCCGCCGCUACCAGAAGUCGACGGAGCUGCUGAUCCGCAAGCUGCCCUUCCAGCGGCUGGUGCGCGAGAUCGCGCAGGACUUCAAGACCGACCUGCGCUUCCAGAGCUCGGCCGUGAUGGCGCUGCAGGAGGCGAGCGAGGCCUACCUGGUGGGGCUCUUCGAGGACACCAACCUGUGCGCCAUCCACGCCAAGCGCGUCACCAUCAUGCCCAAGGACAUCCAGCUCGCCCGCCGCAUCCGCGGGGAGCGCGCCUGAGGCUCCUGCACCGUGACCACCAAACCCAAAGGCUCUUUUAAGAGCCACCACACGCCCACCAGAGAGAGCUGAAUCUCCGUUUUCGUGGCAGGCGCGCGAUGAGCUGUGCAAGGGCUCUUUUCCGACGGUCGGACAUAAAGGAGCUGGGAGGGAUCGGGACCACGAGCUGCGUUUAGAUCGAGCCCCCCCCCCCCCCCCCCCCCCCCCCCGGCUUGUGUGGUGGGGGCGCGCUCCUUGGUUCUUUAUUUCAAGCCGCCCGGGGGGGAUGGAGGGGAGGGAGUGGGAGACGAGCCCGGAGAGCCGGCAUCCCUUCAGGCAGCGAGCGGGAGGAGGGCAGUAAGCGAAGCUGGUUUUGCGCAGGGGCGUGCCGCUUCCUUCCUCCCCUGUCCCUGGGGCCCCACAAGCGAUGGUGGCUGCUUCUCGUCCCCCCGCCUAGAGAACGGACUGAGCGCUCACAACGGGAGGAAACAGAGCCCCGCCAUUUCAUGAGCCUCCCGCUUGAGGCUGCUGCUCUGAAGGCGGCAGCAGAGACGCGGCUCCCACAGGAGAGCUUGCCCACCACACCCUGGUUUUCCUUCCCUCACCGCCCCCACCCCAUGUCGGACCGUUGGGAGAGGGGAAGCGGCUGCCAGUAGAGAACAGAGCUGGAGCCGAGGAAUUCUUCCCUCGAGUGAAUGAAGCCUUCCAGCCGUUCCCCGCGCAUUCGUUGCUGGAGAGUUCAAGAGAGGCAGCUCCCCGUCCCUGAUUGCAAGCUU